AUGGGUCUGUUUGGAUAUCUGGGUUUGCACCAUCCAGCUGGCUUUGUAUCUGCUGCUAAAAAUGCAGUUCAACGAGCUCAGGGAAUCGUUGAUAAAGUGUGUGCUGCCACGACUGAUGAUGAACUCAAAAAAACUACAAAAAGACUCGAUACCCUUUCUGAUAUUCUGUGUUGUGUCGUUGAUACUGCAGAGGUAAUUCGUAAUGUCCAUCCUGAUAAAGAGUUUGUGAAUGCUGCCAAUCAAGCGCAUUCAAUUUUGAGCAACUAUCUCAAUCAAUUGAAUACCCACCAGGGACUAUACAAGACAUUGAAACAAACACUUGACCGUUCAAAUAUUGUUGAUGCCAUGUCCGAGGAAGAGAAGCGAGUUGCAAAGCUACUCAUGAUUGACUUUGAAAAGUCUGGCAUUCAUAUGCCAGAUGCAACACGCGCCGAAUUCGUUCGCAUCAAUGAUCGUAUUUUAGAGUUGGGUCAAGAAUUCACCAUGAACUCGUUUCCUUCUGAAGAGUUUGUUCAAUUUGAUGACGCUCACAAUGAUCUUAUUGGAGUUCCAAUUCCUCUUGUAGAUGCACUUUGCCGAGCCAGCUCUCGUGCCAAACGUGGAUCUCAAUCGGAAUCUUCAAAUAGACCCGCUCGUGCCAUUGUUCCUACAUCAUCAGAUAUUGCUUCAACUAUAUUGCGAACAGCACACAAAGAAGAAACCCGCAAGCGAAUUUAUCUUGCCAUGAAUUCAGCAUCUUCACAUCAAAUCUCCGUACUUGAAGAAAUGCUAACCUGUCGCGCAGAUUUGGCUAGACUAUUAGGAAAACCAAGCUAUGGACAUGUGUAUUUGAUUGACAAGAUGGCUGAAUCACCAGAAAAAGUAAAGUCGUUUUUAGAAACUCUUUCAUAUGCUAAUAGACCGCUUUGUGAUAACGAGUACAAUCGGUUAAAUGAUAUAAAGCGUGUACAUACUGGCAGAUCAGAAGGCAUCCGUGGAUGGGAUCGAUCUUAUUAUACUCAGUUCUUAACCCGACCCACGUAUGAAACUACUCAUCCGAGUUCAAGUACUCCUACACCUUUAAGAUCGGGUGCUACUUCAUUACGUCUCAACUCACUUUCUUCAUAUUAUUCUGUCGGAUCCACGCUACAAGGCUUGUCUGAUGUGUUUAACAUGCUAUAUGGAGUUCGGCUCGAGCCAAGUCAAGUUCUUCAAGGCGAAACAUGGCAUCCUGAUGUACGUAAGCUAGACGUGGUUCAUGAGACUGAAGGAAAACUCGGUACAAUUUACUGUGAUUUGUUUUCAAGAGAAAGUGGAGGCGGUCGGAAAUAUGAAAGCGCUGCACACUUUACUGUGAGAUGCUCAAGACGCAUCGAUAACGAUUAUGACCAUUACGAACCCAAUUUUGAUACCAUGAGCAAUCCAAACAAUGAGCAAAUUGUGUACCAUUCACAGGGAAAAUCUUCCAAACUGUAUCAAUUACCCAUCAUUGUGCUGGUGACCAGCUUUCAACGACCGCAAGAAGGGCGGCCUGGACUAUUAGAACUACACGAUAUACAGACACUUUUUCACGAAAUGGGACAUGCAAUGCACUCUAUGCUCGCUAAAACUGAUUACCAGCACAUUGCAGGUACUCGAGUUGCAAUGGACUUUGUUGAAGUGCCUUCUAUUUUAAUGGAACUUUUUGCAAAAUCUCCACAAGUUUUGGCUAAAUUUGGUCAGCAUUACCAAACUGGCGAUCCAAUUCCUAUGGAUCUACUUGAAGCACAGUGUUUGCAUCUCCUCACACUCGAAGCUCUUGAAACUCAACAGCAAUUAAAAAUGGCGCUUCUUGACCAAUUAUAUCACUCUCCUUUGGCCAUGUCCAAAUCAACCUUUAACACCACAUCAAUACUCGAAGAUCUUCAAAAUAGUAUGUUUCCAAUUGCUUUUGCGCCAGGAACUCAUUGGCAGAUUCAAUUUUCCCAUUUGUUUGGAUACAGUGCAAGUUACUACAGCUACAUGUGGAGUCGCCGAUGGGCAAGUAGGAUAUACCAUAAACUGUUUCACGGUAAACCUAUGGAGGAAUGGCGUGCAGGCGGUGAGGAGUUUCGUCAGCAAGUGCUACGAUGGGGUGGAGGUCGUGAUCCAUGGAUUGGACUACAGCACAUUGGUGUAGUAAAAGAGGGUGAGAGGGAUGGACACGGAUCUGGCGAUGUCAAUGAUCUGUACUAG